AUGCUUUCAGAUUUCAGUUUUCUCACAUUCUUUGCUGUCAUAAUUCUGAUUGCAUUAUUAUUGAGAUUCUUUGUCAGUACAUUUAAUUAUUUCUUCCCCAAGACUCCAUUCUUCACAGAACAAUACGAAGCGUUUAAUAACGUUAAAGAGCAGGCAAUUUACCAAGAGCCUAGUGAAAAGAUAUUUGUUACUGUUCUUUAUCAAUCACCCGAUACAGUACUUCAAUUAGAAAAGCAAUUAAAUUAUAUUCUUCAUCACCUUCAAAAGGCCUUAAGUACUUGGGAAAAAUUUGAAGUAAUUUGUUUCAUCGAGGAAUCCCAAAAAGAUUUCUUGACUAUUAUUGAUAAAUUACGUCAAAAAUAUCCAAAUACGAUCCGAUUAUACCAUUCCAAGCCAAAUCCAUAUACUAAAUUUAUUUUAGGUGGAAUGAGAGCUUGUGGAAAGAUGGUUAUCGACCAAUCUUAUGUCGGCCAAGUCGAUGGUUUACCAAGACAUCAAGUUUCUUACGUUAAGUUCUUUUAUCCAAAAGUUUCCAAGCAACCACCAUUCUUUAACAGUCGAAACUACAUUUUCCCUGUUGCAGCAUCAAAAGAUAUUGUAAUGGGUGUUUUUUCCCAUCUUCAUUUAAUCGAUUUCGGAGCUUCAGCCGAAAUUCUUGAAUUAUGCGCGAGAUACGGUAUUGAUCCGGAAAUUGAUGCAAGCAGAAUCCGAAAGAAAGUUCUUUUCUUCGAUUCUGUUAUCAGAAAUUUCGAAAAACCAUUAGUCAAGACCCUCUACAGAAUCGGAUACUGGACUAUUAAACUUGACUAA